AUUUUUCGUCGAAUUUUCAAUUUCCCAGUCUUCCGAACCAUGACAACGAAAAAGUUCAGGAUGGAAGAUGUUGGCUUAUCGAAGCUUAAAGUUGAAAAAAAUCCGAAAGAUGUGAAACAAACGGAAUGGAAAUCGGUUUUGCCAAAUGAAGUUUACAGAGUUGCCAGAGAAUCAGGAACCGAGACUCCACACACUGGCGGAUUCAAUGACCACUUUGAAAAGGGACGAUAUGUAUGUUUGUGUUGUGGCUCAGAACUUUUCAAUUCCGACGCCAAAUUCUGGGCAGGGUGUGGCUGGCCAGCAUUCUCGGAAUCCGUGGGACAAGAUGCGAAUAUUGUAAGAAUUGUGGACAGAUCACACGGAAUGCAUCGGACGGAGGUUCGAUGUAAAACGUGUGAUGCCCACCUCGGUCACGUCUUCAACGAUGGACCAAAAGAAACAACUGGCGAGAGAUACUGUAUUAACAGUGUCUGCAUGGCUUUUGAGAAGAAAGAUUAAACUUAUUAUUAUUUUUCCUUAAAUUUGGAGCGGCGAUGGCUCUGAACGUUUUCAGAAAACUUAAUAAAGUUUUGUACAUACUG